AUGUUUUCCCUGAACUUCAAAGUUGAAUCCUGCCAUCCAUCGACGAAAAUCAGUUCUUCAAGGAUUACCAGUGGAUCUGGAUCUGGAUCAAGUUCAACUUCAGGACCUUCGAAUUUACAAGAUCAGGGCACCUGCACACCUUUAAAACCCACUGUUUUGGACGUGGAUGAUUAUGAAUACAAGGUGCAUAGUUUAGUGACUGAUGAAGAUACGGCUACAGCGACUUGUGAAUUGAAAAAGGUGAGAUUUGGGAAUUUUCGGCUCCAGGAGCUCGAAAUUCCUAUUUUUCUUCGAAUUUAUAUCAAAAAUCUGAUUUUUCAUGAAAUUCCAGCCAAAUCCACGGUUCAAAGCCGAAAUUUCAUGAAAAAUCCAUAAUUCAAACUUCUGGAACUUGAAUUUCAGACAAAAAAUCUCAAAAAUCUCCCAUUCCACUUCCAGGAAAUCGAAGAUCAAGUGGUUCAAGUUAUCAUAAAUGAGAUUUUUGGGAGUGAAGGAACAAGCACAAAAGCCACCGCGAUUUUUAAUUGCGUAAAUGGAAAAUGGAAUUGGAAAGGGCAGAUUCUGGAUGUUGAGAAAGUUUCGUGUUUGGUUGGAACAAGUUUGGAUGAACAGAGUUGA